AUGAGUAAGGAAGGGGAGGUUAUCCCCCUCGCGGGCCCGGGGAGUAAAAUCAUCGCCCUGGCACCUCCUUUGCGAAAACAUUUCCCUCGUGAGGGCAAGGCCGUAAUCGUCGACUUUUCAACAAACAGUCUAAAACAACUGCCUAUCGAAAUAUGGAAAUGCGAGGAAAUUAUGCUCAACGCCACAAAAUUUCUUGCAGAAAAUAACCGUCUUAAGAAACUUCCAAAGACCAUCUGUGACCUGGAAGUAUUAACAUUUAUUGACUUGCGCAAUAACGCACUUACCGCCGUUCCCGGUACCAUCUUCAAAAUCAAAACAUUAGAGAUUCUAGAUUUGACCAACAAUGCUGUAAAAAGUCUCCCUGCUACUAUCAAUAAAGCACAGUCCAUGCACACGCUCCACGCGUCCAACAAUAAGAUCAAAGCACUUCCGAAGACCAUUAACAAGUGCCCCGCAUUGACACAUCUAGAUGUCUCCUACAACGUCAUCCGAUCCAUCAAGAAGACUGUGUAUGAGCUGGGUGCUCACAUUAUACUCAAACAGAACAAACUCGUGGAUCUCCCUGAUGCUAGUGUCAAGGCUCCGGCUCUUAAGUCCCUCGACGUGUCAUACAACCAGAUUUCCAUGAUUCCGGACAAUAUACACAUGGUCACCACUCUGACGUGGCUUGAUUUGUCACAUAAUGAGCUGGCAGAUAUUCCUCGCGAGCUGGGAUUCCUUAAAUAUCUCAGCUUUUUAGACAUUUCCUACAACAAGAUUGUGUCUUUACCAGAAGAGAUGGUAAGCUUGCAAUAUGCUCUGACGACACUCAAGGCGUCCCAGAACCAGAUCCGAGCCCUUCCCGAGGACAUUCAUAAACUACAAAGGCUGACGAUUCUUGAGGUGGCAGACAAUCAAAUAGAGAACUUACCACCUAAGUUUUACGACCUCAAGGGUCUUAAAACUGUAGAUUUAUCCGGCAACAAACUUUCGACUGCUGUAGGUAUAACUAAACUGAAAGCGGCCGAGACGGUGAAGAUUGCCCGCAAUGCUAUUACUACACUUCCCGAAGAUCUGCCUACCAUGAAAUGCCUUGUUUCAUUGGACGUGUCUGGUAACCAUCUCAAGGUCUUGCCGGAGAAUAUAUGCCGCGUGACGUCAUUAAAGGACCUGGCGGCCGCAGAUAACAAGAUAAGCGCUAUUCCGGAAUCCCUUGGUGACAACCAGCUCCUCAGGGAUGUGGACCUCAGCCGGAAUCGGAUUCAAGGACUUCCACAGGACCUCAAAAAGCUACGGAGCCUGGAAAGUUUGAAAAUAGGAAAUAACCAGAUUUCAGCUUUACCAAAGACGUUGGACGUUCUUAAAUUUCUCCGAACGCUGGAUGUCAGUGGAAACUCUCUUACGGAAAUACAACUGCCAAAAGCUAUUACACAUCUUAAUAUAUCGCAAAACCCUGUGUUUUUACCAGCUCAGGAUCCCAAAUCAGUACUCGUACAGCUUGGUGAGAGAACAUACGCCAAACAGAUCACCUUCCUGGACCUGUCCAGUAUUAAACUCGAGGAAGUUCCUCCAAGUAUUGGUCACAUGAAGUUGCUUCGGACCCUCAAGCUAGCCCACAAUCUCAUCAAGGCGAUUCCCGAGUUCUUGUGUCGUCUGCGUUGCCUCGAAGAGUUUGAUCUAUGUAAUAAUGAAAUAUCUGAAGUACCAGACACCAUAAAGAAUUUGCAGAAUCUAAAGCGUUUGGACGUGUCUCAAAACAAGGUAGGAGAAUUUUCAGAUGGCAUGACAAGACUUCAUCAACUGGAGUUUCUCAAUAUAUGUUAUAACAAUAUAGUCAGUCUACCAGAAGACUUUGGAGAGUUACAUAAACUCAUCUAUCUGGACCUGUCCAACAACGAGCUGAUGGGACUGCCGGAGGAUCGCUGGGAUGUUCUCGCUUCAAUGACUGAGCUAAAUGUCAAUAAGAAUCACAUCAACAUGGUGCCAGGCGAUCUGCCCUAUUUGUACCGGAUCCGGAUAUUGAGAGCCGCCAAUAAUGACCUCACAAGUAUUCCUAAUGACGUAGGCAAGAUGGCAAAUCUGGAAAUCCUUGACCUCUCCGAUAAUCUGCUGGAGUCCAUUCCAGACUCAGUCUGCAAGUUGCCUGUACUUUCCGAAUUAGAUAUAUCUGAUAAUAAGCUGAAAGAUUUACCUAAACGGUUAGACAGCCUCAAACAACACUGCAAUGUCAACGCUGACAAGCAGUCUGCGUACAAGGCGCGGGAACCACCAGACAUGCUUCAGACAGGGGAGGCACAGACAGACGACGACGGCCCAGGAGGCAAGAAAAACAACCAAAUCAAAUCAGACGACUAA